AUGGCUGCUGCAACCGCACCAGCGACCGCACAACUGGCUGCAUUAGCGCCGACAGCAGCUGCCACGGAACCGGCCGGUUUCUGCCUUUUCGCUUACAACUUAGGGCCGGAUACCGAGGAUAGUCUACUUUGGCAACUGUUUGGACCGUUUGGAGCAGUGCUCAGCGUAAAAGUCAUCCGAGAUUUUGCGACAACGAAGUGUAAGGGAUACGCUUUUGUGACAAUGAUGAACUACGCGGACGCCUGCAAUGCCAUCGCAGCGCUGAACGGCACUCAAAUUGCCGGACGAUCUCUACAGGUGACAUUCAAAGCUGCUUCGGCGGCAAGUUCCUUGAUUUGA